AUGCCGGAGGACAGGGGACGCUGGUGGACCAUCCCUCACCUGAAACGACUGAAUGGCUUGAUUUUUAUCCUCUUGCUCUCGGCCACGACGGCAGGCUUCGACGGCUCCAUGAUGAACGGGUUACAAUCGCUCCCCGUCUGGCGCAACUACUUUGGAAAACCCGUGGGCGUCCAUCUCGGUCUCAUCAAUGCGAUUUACCCCAUCGGCGCUGUGGUGAGCUUGCCGAUAACGUCUAUCCUGUCGGACAAGUUUGGUCGAAAGUUCCCAAUCUAUUUUGGCCUGAUAGGAAUUCUUGUCGGAUCGGCCCUGCAAGCCGCGACGCAGAAUUAUGCCAUGCUGGUGGUCACUCGCCUCAUCGUGGGAUACUUUAGCGUCACUGCGCAAGCCGCCUCGCCGGUGCUCUUGACCGAGCUCGCUUAUCCCACUCACCGAGGGAGACUCACCUACCUCUCCAACUCGUUCUACUUUUGUGGCUCAGUGAUCGCCGCCUGGGUCACCUUCGGUACCAGACGCAUCCAGUCAAACGCCUGCUGGCGCAUUCCCAGUGCUCUGCAGGUCCUUUGCCCACUGAUCCAGUUGUCACUUCUGCAUCUGGUCCCUGAGAGCCCGAGGUGGCUCGUGAGCCGGGGCCGGACGGUCGAAGCACAAGCAUUUCUUGCCGAGUACCACUGUGGAGGCGACCAAGAUCACCCUCUUGUCCAGCGGGAAGUCCUGGAGAUCCAAGAAACGAUCCGCCUCGAAAAAGAGAACACCAACGAUCAAAGCUGGCUCUCGUUACUCAAAACUCCCGGCAACCGAAAACGUGUAGCAGUCGGGAUAAUGACUGGCGCCUGGUGUCAACUGAACGGGACCCUGGUGGUUGAUUAUUACCUGACGUUGAUGCUCGACAGCGUUGGCAUCACCUCAGCAACAAGCCAAACUCUCAUCAAUGCAUGUCUACAGUGUUUGAGAUGGUUCACGGCCAUCGCAGGCGCACAGCUCGUCGAUGUCCUGGGAAGGCGUCCGUUGUUCUUGAUUUCCGUGGCCUCUAUGCUUGUGAGCUGGAUGUCACUCACCACUUGCGCGGGGGUUUUUGCAAACGACGCCGACAACCACGCUGCUGCCGAUGCUUUCGUGGCUUUUGUCUUCAUCUUCGCAAUGGCCUUUGCUUGUUGCUGGGUCAACAUGAUCGUGGCAUAUCCAGUCGAAAUCUUUCCCUUCGAGUUGAGAACCAAAGGCGUGGCUCUCACCCUGGCAACUAACUAUUCCUUCAACUUUGCCAGCCUAUUCACGAACCCCGUCGGUAUGAAGAACAUUGGUUGGAAGUACUACAUCGUGUUCGAUGGAUUCCUCGUCGUCAUCUUUACCACGAUCUAUUUCUUCUUCCCGGAGACCAAAGGAUUUAGUCUGGAGGAAAUUGCAAAGGUCUUCGACGGCGACAAGGCUGUUCCUGACGAGGAAAUCAUCAACCGAGCGUCUCGGAAGCAACUUGAACGAGAUGGGGACGCUGAGUCUGAAACAAAAGCAGCCAACACCGUCCAGAUUGAGCAAGCUGAUGGCUAA